CUGUCUGUCUCUGUCUAACUCGAAUCACAAGGACGCCACAUGCAAAAUCAUGGCCGUUGCAGAUCCGGCAUUAACGCUUUCCCAUAUCUUUUUUUUUUCUCCCAUAUCAUAGCACAAUGUCUCAGUAAUUGCGUCUUUCGUUUUUCUAAAACAAAGAAGACUUGAAGAAAAUUAAAAUAAGCAGGGGUUUCUAAGUUUCUCUACACCUCUCAAAGUCAUGGCCUCGUCUGUGGAUCUUAGCAAGAAGCAGUUUAAGAAGUCUAUGACCAAGAAAUCACAUUCAUGGUGGUGGGACAGUCACAAUUGUCCCAAGAACUCGAAGUGGCUUGCUCAGAAUCUGGAGAAGAUGGAUGACCGUGUGAAACACAUGUUAAAGUUGAUUGAAGAAGACGCAGACUCUUUUGCCAAGAAAGCUCAGAUGUAUUACCAGAAGCGUCCCGAGUUAAUCCACCUUGUGGAGGAGUUUUACCGCAUGUAUCGCGCUUUGGCUGAGCGUUAUGAUCAAGCUAGUGGUGAACUUCAGAAAAUUCAUCUCUCUGGGAUACAGUCACAGGGCUCUCUUGAGAAAUCAUCUCCUACUAAUUCCCAAGAGAAAUCGAGUCACCCUCAUAAGGAAGAGGAAGACUCAUCAUCUCUGUCUGAUUCUGAUUCUGACUCUAAAUCGGUUCCUGAUCAUUCCUCUGUUAAUGAUGAAGAUGGUGACGAGGCAUUGAUCCGUAGGAUGGCUGAUCUAGAACUUGAGCUUCAAGAAACUAAAGAGAAACUCCAUCUACAGCAGGAACGUCUUAAUGGUGACAACAACACUGAUCUCCUUCAGAAAAUUACUGUAUAUGAAGGAGAGCUUAAAGAAGCUAAUGUAAAGAUUCGAAUGCAAGAAAAAGAGAUCGCUAAUCUGAAGAUUGAGCUUAAGAGUUGCAUUUCCUCUGAAGCAGAAACUCAACUUGGUGUUGAGCAAGAGAGUCUUGAUUUGGUUAAAGAGGAAACUAAAGAUGCAGGGGCCACUCUUUUCUGCGCAACCACGUCUGGUGUGUCCGGCGACCGAGAUCAACCGCCGACUAUUCUGUGGGCUCCAGAAGUGCAAUGUUAAAUUUUGGUGGCCAACGGGAAUUGAACUGCGGAUUCAACGUAUUGGGAUUAUCCCUCAAGUGCCACUAGCCCAAGGCCCGUUGGUUGUUUAUGGCUAUUUUUUCUAAAUCUAGUUAUCUUAAACCUUUAGAAAUAUCUAAACUAAUUUCUUUUUUUUUCUUUGGAUGUUUGUAUAAAAUGUAAGCAAUGCGUCUAUAUACAUGUGGCCACACAAUGAAGGGUAAAAAAUGCUUUCGAAUUUAGGUUGUUUAGCAAUCUAAAGUUUGUUUGCCAUUACCACUAUUGGAUAGUUGAUUAUGGCUAUCUUUCAUGGAA